UUGAAAUAAUAUAGCGUUGCGUUUAUAAUCCAAUGAAUAUUGACAAGAUUUACGCUGAUUUGCGCGACUACAUGCUAGCAUUAAACAAUUAAUUUGCGUCAAGUUUCGCAGAUAAACAAUUCAGUAAAUACGUCAUUCGCGUCAAUCGGCGCAGAAUAAUGAUUUCGCGAUCGCAGCCAGAUAACCUCAGCAGUCAUCCGCGACUUUUCGACCGUCGUAUGACCUCUGUUCUUACGUGUUUGGAAUUUCGAUACAAGUUAUUGUUUCAUUUCCCAUUGUUGGUGUGGAAAUAUCGCUGAUGAAGAUGACACGGGACAAGCUCAUAUAUGAUGAAUAAAUCUGAAUCAAUUGUUGGACGUAUUGUAAAGGGACAUAUUUAAUCAACAUUCCAAAUCUUGCUAUAAAUAGAAAUACCAAAAAGGUACCAAAAAGGUACCAAAAAGGUACGAUAAGCAAUCGUAGGACGAGAUAAGUGUCUCGUGCAAGAGAACAGAGUACAUCACGUUUUCCCGUAUAAGUCACGUUUCAACAACUGAUAGUCUGGAAACUUUUUGUUAUUUAAAUAUGCCCCGAUAUGAAGGGUCAUGAUCUUAUUGACCUCGACACUGGUGGGAUGAUAAGAAAGGAUUAUCCAGUCUUAAAGUCGUUCCUUGCGGGUUCUUUCUCCGGAACAUUCUCCACAAUCCUUUUCCAGCCGCUGGAUUUAGUGAAGACCAGACUUCAGAGCAGAGUCAAUGUUCAUUAUGCCACGUCAAGAAGUGGAAUGCUGGGCACAGUGGCGCAUAUCGUGCAGAAGGAUAAUGUUUUCGGACUCUGGAAAGGGAUGACGCCGUCUAUCACUAGAGUGAUUCCCGGUGUAGGCCUGUACUUCUCGUCGUUACAUUGGCUGAAACAUACUUUUGGCUUAGAGGAACUGACGGCUAUACAAGCUGUUUGCUUGGGCAUCACUGCGCGAUCCAUGUCUGGUGCUCUACUGAUUCCCAUCACGGUUGUGAAAACGCGUUUCGAGAGCGAUGUUUAUAAAUAUAACAGUAUUAGCGAAGCUCUGAAGUUGAUCUACAAGCAGGAAGGAGUAAGAGGCUUGUCGAGAGGUUUAGUACCCACACUUCUACGGGACGCUCCUUACAGUGGCUUAUAUCUCAUGUUUUACACUCAAUUAAAAAAGAUGGCUGUUACCAAUCUACCUCUUAGUACAGAAAAGAUAACCAACAAGCCAUCGGUACCAGUUCAGUUCAGUUGCGGAAUUUUAGCUGGUUUGAUGGCUUCUAUGGUGACGCAACCAGCAGACGUUAUCAAGACUAAAAUGCAAUUAUAUCCAAACGAAUUUAAUGGCAUUUACCACGCAACGUUGUUCAUCUAUAGGAAAUACGGUAUAUUAGGAUACUUCAAAGGUGUGGUUCCCAGAAUGUUGAGACGAACGUUAAUGACCGCUAUGGCUUGGACGGUAUAUGAACAGGUGACGAAUUUAAUCGGACUGAAAUAAACUUACUGAUGCAGAUUUAUUUUUAUACCAGAACAGGAUUGUUAUGUACAGUAUUAACGUAGAUUAGUAAGUAGUUUUAAUUAAUUUACUGUAUUUAUUAUAUAUAAUAAAAAAAUUGUAUAUUCAAAA